AUGCUCAAUCACGUAACAAAAGCAGAUGGAGACAUGUUGUCAAUGGUUGAUUUCCGUUACUUUCGUUGUGUUAUGAAGCGAGAGUGGAAAUGUCCCGAUAGUGAAAUCAACUUUUUCUUGCACACUCCGGAACGUCCUCAAAAGAAAUAUAUCGAUCCUCGCUACCCGAAACUUCUACAUUAUUUUGGAUGGCAUCCGUCGAGAAAGAACGUCCUCAUCAUACACGGCUUCAAUGGCACUAAUACGAAAUCACCAAUGACUUUUCUUCGUGAUGCUUACCUGUCGCGUAAGGAUUACAACGUGUUCAUGGUGGAUUGGUCGGUGCUCUCCAGGUUCCCAUGUUACCUUUCUUCUCUGUCUAACAUGAAAAAGGCUGCGCAGUGCACGGCGCAGUUGUACUCUGCAAUCACUCAAGCGGGAGCAUUGGCCAAAAUGAUCACCUGCGUGGGUCAUUCCUUGGGUGCUCAUAUCUGCGGCAUGGUGUCCAAUCACCUCACUGAGCCGCAAUAUAAAAUUGUGGGUGAGUAG